AUGAGCUCACAACAAGCAGAACGGUUGAAAGCAUUCACCUCGAACUCUUCUCCCUGCUUCCUUCGCUUUCUUCAGGAUCAGUACCCAUCUAUCAAACAAGACAACAACGCGGAUGGCAGGCGAAAAGGCAGAUUGAGAGUUCUCGAAAGAUUUUGGGGACUCAGCCCUCAAGAGCGCGCGGCUCUAAACGUGGUAAUACCAAAUGUCAAUGACCAAGCUCCUUCCUACACGACGGACGAGGAUCCUUUCGACGACAGCGACAGUCCGACAGGGGCAACCAGUCUCGGCAUCAUCGUCCGGACAGACUUUUCUAAUGAUGCGGCGUGGAAAACAUUCUAUGACACCCUUUUGGAAUCUGAAAAGGACUUCACUGAGCCCGACCCUCCGGUCACAGCUUCUACGUCCCAAGACGUCGAUAUGACCGACGCCAGCGUCCCGCAACCAUCUGGUACUGAAGACGCCGCUUUCGACUCUGACUCCGAGGAGCCGGAAGCCCUUGCAUUUUUCACGGUGGUCCCAGAAAAUCCCAGAGAUUAUCCUCACUUCACAAACAUCUCGAACCUCACCGCCCUUCGUAUAUUCACCGAUGUCUCCGUCCGACCCGCGCCUUCUCCGCUUCAAGGUUUGAAACGUACAUCUCCUGGGCACCGACUCGUCGAUCUUGAACGCAUGCAAGAAGUCUAUUCGGGAAAGACGUUGUGGAUUUACGACGCCAAGUCGAAUACGGACCAGUGUGCCAGACUCGUCAGCGGUCAAGGUGACAUGUACGGUACCGCCAGUGGAGACAGCUGGCGCGCACGAGCAUCUCAUAUCACUGAACUUCAGGUAAACUUGACCUCUGGUGCGAUGAAGAUAGAUUUCGGAGGUUUGGACAGGUGGGAUUACCCAGAGAGGAGACGCAACAUGGAGGAGGCUAGCCAACCUAUCGUAUUUUCUUCGGACAUUUGGUACCGCACUAUGUGA